GAUGUGGGCCAGUGCAUCUCUUUUGCUGCUCCUGGACCCCAUGUGUUCCUGGUGGUCAUCAGACUGGGCAGAUUCACUGAGGAGGAAACGCAGACAGUGCAGAAGAUUCAAGAAAUCUUUGGCCAGGCUGCAGACAGUUACAGCAUGGUUCUCUUUACUGGUGGUGACCUUAUUGAAGACACAACUAUCGAGGACUUCUUGAAUGAAAGUUCAGAGCUUCAACAACUCGUAGCCAGAUGUAACGGCCAGUACCAUGUCUUCAACAACAACAAGAAGGAGGAUCGCUCUCAGGUCACUGAGCUCCUCCAGAAGAUCAGAGAUGUAGUCCAGAAGAACGGAGGACACCACUACACCAACGAGAUGUUCCAAGAGGCCGAGAGGGCAAUCAAAGAGGAGAAACAACGCAUCCUGAAAGAAAGGGAAGAGCAAAUACGGGAAGAAAGAGAGAAACUUGAAAGGGAAAUUGAGGAAAAAUAUGAAAAACUAAUGAAGAAAAUUACUGAGAAACUCCAGGCUGAGAGAGAGAGGGAGAGGAGAGAGAGAGAGGAGGAGAGAAAGAGGGAGAAGGAGGAGAUGAGAGAGGAAAGAAAGAGGGAGAAGGAGGAGAUGAAUGAUGAAAGAAAGAAGGAGAGGGAGGAGAUGAAUAAGGAAAGAAAGAGGGAGAAGGAGGAGAGAGAGGAGGAGAGAAAGAGAGAGAGGAGGGAGACAGAAAGGGAGAGGAAUGAACUAAUCAAAGAGCGAAUGAGAGAACUGAGAGAGGAAACAGAGAAGUUGCAGGCCAGAAAUGAACAGGCAGCCAGGAUGGAAGCUGAGAGGCGAAAUCAGAAAAGCUCAGAUUGUUCGAUUCUGUAA